GGCGCGGACACCUCGUUGGGUCCUUUUUCGCUGCCGCAGUGCUGGGGAAGGCGUCGGUCCUUACCUCCCGGCGGAGUCCGCCUUGCAGCCGGGGUCGACUGUUUGAUGAUUUUCUGCCGUUUCUUGGCAAAAAUGGCAAAUAAUAAUGCUGUUUUGAAGAGACUGGAGCAGAAAGGUGCAGAGGCUGAUCAAAUCAUUGAAUAUCUUAAGCAGCAAGUUGCUCUUCUUAAGGAGAAAGCAAUUUUGCAGGCAACUUUGAGAGAAGAGAAGAAACUUCGAGUUGAAAAUGCUAAACUGAAGAAAGAAAUUGAAGAACUGAAACAAGAGCUUAUUCAGGCAGAAAUUCAAAAUGGGGUGAAGCAAAUACCAUUUCCAUCUGGUACUCCACUGCAAGCCAAUUCUAUGGUUUCUGAAAAUAUGAUGCAGUCUACACCAAUAACAACCAUAUCUUCUGGAGCCAAAGAACAGAUAAAAGGAGGAGCAGGGGAAGAAAAGAAGGCAAAAGAGAAAAUUGAAAAGAAAGGAGAGAAAAAGGAGAAAAAACAGCUGUCAGCCACAGGAAGUGCUGACUCCAAGCCAAUAGAUGUUUCCCGCCUGGAUCUUCGAAUUGGUUGCAUUAUAUCUGCCAGAAAACACCCUGAUGCAGAUUCAUUGUAUGUAGAAGAAGUAGAUGUUGGAGAAACAGCCCCAAGAACAGUUGUCAGCGGCCUGGUGAAUCAUGUUCCCCUUGAACAGAUGCAAAAUAGGAUGGUGAUUUUACUUUGUAACCUGAAACCUGCCAAGAUGAGAGGAAUAAUAUCUCAAGCGAUGCUGAUGUGUGCGAGUUCUCCAGAGAAAAUUGAAAUAUUGGCUCCUCCUAAUGGAUCUGUUCCUGGAGACAGAAUUACUUUUGAUGCUUUCCCUGGAGAGCCUGACAAGGAGCUGAACCCUAAGAAGAAGAUCUGGGAGCAGAUCCAGCCUGACCUUCGCACUGACAACCAGUGUGUGGCCACCUACAGAGGAGCUGCCUUCGAGGUCAAAGGGAAGGGGGUGUGUCGGGCUCAGACCAUGGCCAACAGCGGAAUCAAGUAAAAUAAAACGCGUUUGUUACUGCAGUACAUUGGAGAAAACUUCAAUAAUAAUAAAAAGGAUUAUAUUUGUCACUUGUACCUGAAAUAUGACUGGCUCAUUUUUGUGUUAUUUCUCUUCUAGAGUUAUCUAGUCUUUUAGCUGUUAUAUAUUGUUUUCAAUUGACUGGGGAAACUGCGUUUUUACCCAUGGUUUAUGAUCAUCUAUAAUGGAGAGAAGACAUUGCUUAUGUGUUGUGAUAAUUUAUUUUUUAGCAGGGAUAUUGGUUAGCAGGUUUUUUCUUUAUACAUUUAGAUAACUUGAACUAGAUUAGUAUGUAGUAUUGUAUUUGUGGGCACAUGAUGCAUGAAAUUUCAAGCACUUGGAUUAAUAUAUUGUGAACGUCUGUUAUAAAUGUACUGUCCUCUUCAAAAAUGACAAGUUGCAUUUUGUGUUAGUUAUUAACUACUCAUAAUUGUAAUAAUAUUGAAAAUGAUCAACUACUAAUUCUAAGAGCCAGACAUAAAAUCCAGGGCAUACAACAUUUGAACAUUUUUGCUUUGCUACCAAAGUAACCCUGACUAAUAAUACUUAAAGUGACUAUUUUAAAAAAAGUGAAAUUUCCACCUGUGUCUUGAAUUUAAUAAACACACUGUAAAGUGGUGUCACUGUA